AUGAGCCGGAGCUCGAUCCCGAAGAGAGCGUCGGGAAGUAUCGCGACAUUAGGGAGCGCCACAAUGAGCGGAACUUCGUUCCAGCUCCCGGACUGGGAAUGUCCCGACGAGAAAUGCAGGAACGUGAAUUUCGGGAAAAGGACCGCGUGCAAUCGCUGCGGCAUCGCGCGACCCAGAGAACAUUUCGUGAACGCCACGAAAAAGCUCGGACACGAAAUCGGCAAGCAAGCGGCCGACAAGAGCAAUGGACUGUUUUCUGCCGAUGAUUGGCAAUGCGGUAAAUGUGGGAAUGUCAACUGGGCGCGUAGAAACAACUGCAAUAUGUGCGGUGCUCCGAAGGUCGGUGAAGUGGAACGCCGGACCGGCUUGGGGGGAGGAUACAAUGAACGUGAGAGUGUCGAAUAUAAGGAACGCAGAGAACACUCCGACGACGAAUACGAUGACUUUGGCAGAAGGAAGCGGCGGAAAGCUAGUGACACGCGCGAGAAAUCCGACUCUAGGGAAGCGUCAAGCUCAUCGUCUUCACGUGGACGACGCGACAGGUCGAGAUCUCCGAUUCCCUCGAGAAGAGAUCGUGAUUACAAACCAAUAGAGAAGCAAUAUAACGAUGAAGAGGAGGAUGACGAAGAAGACGAUGACGACGAUGCCGACUUGUCUAAGUAUGAUUUGCUCGCCUAA